AUGUGUAGUGGUAUUCCCACAGCGGCCACCGAUAUUUUUCGUGACAGGAUUUCGGAACGAUCCGGAAAUUUGGAUAGGCAUGAUGCUAAUCUGCCAGUAGCAGGCUCAACGUCAGGAGCACUACCAACAUCUUUACCGCAAUGGACACAGGAUGGCGCAGAAGAUGCAGCACCGGAAAAACCGUGGGAAGGCCCAACACCGAGACAGAUAGCGGCUUGGCAUGUGAUGGCUGAAGAGUUACCUACAUUCACGGGUAGAGCGGUAGAAUGGCCGAUGUUCAUCAGCUCUUUCGUCAAUACCACUCAAGCGUGUGUGUAUUCGAACGCAGAAAAUUUGUCAAGGCUACAGAAGUGCUUGAAGGGAAAUGCGCUUACUCACGUUCAGAGCUUAUUGUUGCAUCCGGAAGGCGUGCCGCAUGUACUGACCCAAUUGGAACAACAAUACGCACGCCCUGAGCUGCUGAUACAUACGUUGUUGCAGAAGAUUCGCGAAGUUCAGUCACCGAAAGACGGUGAUCCCGAAUCAUUGGUCGCGUUUGGAUUGAUGGUGCAGAAUUUGUGCAAUCACAUGGUUGCUGCCAGGCAAGAGGCACAUAUCAACAAUCCCGAGCUGCUGCACGCUCUCAUAAGCAAACUGCCGGUUAAUUGGCGGAUGGAUUGGUCGCUGUACCAGGAACGGUGCACGGUUGUGAAUAUACAAACUUUCUCACAUGAUCAGAAAACCAAUCAUCAGAGAAUAAAAGACAAAGGUAUUAAAGAUAAAGACUUUUGCGGGGCACACACUACCGAAGAGUCACCGAAAUCUCCUGAAAAGGAGAUAGUUGAAAAGCAAAGCUCCUCCUCCAGGCCUACAUGUCUGGUGUGCAAUAAUCCGGAACAUCGCGUCAAGCACUGUCCUGAUUUCGCAAAGCUGGAACUGGAUGAACGUUGGAAACUGAUCCAACGUUUCGGAUUAUGCCGAAGUUGUUUGGGAGCCCACGGGAGGCGACCAUGUCAGAUUCGAAAGUACUGCGACGUAGAUGGAUGUCAGCGAAGACAUCAUAAAUUGCUACACGAUCAGAAGUUUCAUAGCGGAGCAAAGCCGAAUUCUAAUUCAGAUAAAAGGACUCCCAAGCAGGACAGCAAUGCGAACAAGAAGGAGGUAACGCGAAAUCUGACCAAUAAAGGGAACAGUUCGAAUGCCGUAACAAACCAUCAUUCCGCUGGUCAAGCGGCACUAUUUCGUAUCAUACCAGUGACUUUAUAUGGGAACAACCGAUCUGUGCUGGCAUACGCUUUUCUGGACGACGGGUCAUCUAGGACACUAGUUGACGAGGCCAUCGUGAAGCAACUAGGCGUGAGUGAGGAGACACAACCUUUGUGUCUGCAAUGGACAGCCAACAUGAAGCGCACAGAAUCCGAUUCUCAGCGUAUUACGCUGGAAAUAGCUGGGUGUGCUAAUGAGAGCAAGUAUAAACUAACUGACGUACGAACGGUUACCAAGUUGGAUCUACCCAAACAGUCUUUGCGCUACAAGGAAAUGGUGAAAGCUUAUCCUUAUCUAAAAGGAUUACCUGUUGAAGACUACGACAAAGCAACGCCAUGUAUCCUUAUUGGUAACGACAACGCUCAUGUAACAGCGACAUUGAAAAUGCGUGAUGGACAGCCAGGAGAACCUAUUGCCGCUAAAUCGCGGCUAGGAUGGACUGUAUAUGGUUUCAAUCAAGAUUCAUCUGUCGGACGUGCUCAUAGCUUUCACAUAUGCGAGUGCAAGAAACAGGAUCAAUCCGUACACGAACUAGUAGAGAAGUUUUUCGCGGUUGAGAGUCUCGGUAUAAUGGAAGUAUCGUGCCCAGAGUCAGCUGACGUACAACGUGCGAAUCAGAUUCUGCAGGGAACGAUCAGGCGAGUCGGGCAGCAUUUUGAAAUCGGCUUGCUGUGGAGAUUUGACCACUUUGAAUUCCCGGACAGUUACCCGAUGGCGGUGCGACGCUUGCAAUGUUUGGAACGGUGGAUCCAAAGCGAUCCUGUGAUAGGUGAAAGCGUAAAGAGACAGAUGGUCGAGUAUCAAGAAAAAGGAUACAUCCAUAAGGCGACAGAAGCAGAACUCCAGGAGGCGGAUAUGCGACGUGCGUGGUAUUUACCACUUGGUAUAGUUUUGAACCCUAAGAAGCCGAACAAAGUUCGUAUAUUCUGUGACGCAGCAGCCAAAGUGGACGGCGUAUCGCUGAAUACAAUGUUGAUGAAAGGGCCCGAUUUGCUAAAUACGUUGCUGGGAGUACUGUAUGGGUUCCGCGAAAAACGCAUCGCCUUUUCUGCCGAUUUGAAAGAAAUGUUUCACCAAAUUCUGGUGCGUAAAGAAGAUCGGCACGCUCAAAGGCUGCUUUGGCGAGAGGACUCAACGCUGGCUCCGGAGGUCUUUGUGAUGAACGUGGUUACCUUUGGAGCAGCUUGCUCCCCAUGUUUGGCACAAUAUGUGAAGAAUAAAAACGCGCAAGAACACGCCUAUAAAUAUCCAGCCGCUUCGGAUGCCAUCAUCCGGGAACAUUAUGUUGACGACUACCUCGAUAGUGCGGACGAUGUUGAAGAAGCAGUAAAGUUGGCACUAGAAGUUAAAUACGUUCACAAACUUGGAGGUUUUGAAUUGCGGAACUGGUUGUCCAACUCAAAAGAGGUACUCGCACGUGUCGGGGAAAACGAUCCAUCCAAGGAAAAAUGUCUUCAGCUGGACAUAGGAGAGGCAGCGGAGCGUGUGCUUGGAAUGUUUUGGAAACCGGAGCAAGAUAUUAUAGCAAAUUCUACGGAAUUGGCUGUAGCUACGGAGCGUCCCACCAAACGACAAGCGCUGCGCGUAGUGAUGAGUCCAUUCGACCCUGCUGGACUAUUGUGUUAUUUUCUGAUUCAUGGCAAAAUAUUGAUCCAAGAGUUGUGGAGAGCCAAGACCGAGUGGGACGAAUUAAUUCCAGAGAACCUGUGUGAGAGAUGGUGGAGAUGGACUGAUUUGUUCCGCUAUCUGGACAAAAUCAAAAUACCGCGUUGCUAUUUUCCUGCUCGUUCAACGCAAGAGAUCGUGACAUUACAGCUACAUAUCUUUGUUGAUGCGAGUGAGGAGGCAUAUGCGUGCGUAGGUUAUUUACGAGCUAUUUUCCCUGGCAGCAUCGAAGUGGCUUUAGUCGGAGGAAAAUCGAAAGUGGCACCGCUGAAGGCACACUCGAUCCCGCGAUUGGAGCUGAUGGCAGCGGUUAUCGGUGUUCGGCUGAUGAAAAUAGUGUUGAAGAGCCACUCCCUACGGAUUGAGCGCACGGUUCUAUGGAGCGAUUCCAAAACCGUUCUGGCAUGGAUAAAUUCAGACCAUCGCAAUUAUCGACAAUUCGUCGCAUGCCGAGUGGGAGAAAUCCUAUGCAAGUCCCAGGCGGAACAAUGGCGUUGGGUGCCGACCAAAGAGAAUAUUGCAGACGAGGCGACGAAAUGGGGAAAAGGUCCCUGUAUGUCUCCCACGGGACGGUGGUUCUUGGGACCGGAGUUCUUGCAUCUAACAGAAGGUGAAUGGCCAGUUUCGGUGCAAUCAACUGAUGCCAAAACGGAGGAAGAAUUAGGCGCAUGCAUGAUUCAUCAAGAUGUUAUCAAGCGAGAAAACAUGCAUUGGGAAAAUUUUUCAAAAUGGAAUCGCUUAAAUCGUGCGGUGGCAUAUAUGCUUCGGAUCAUAAGACUCAUGCGGGAGAAAAAAGGAAAGCGCACAACAAGAGAGUUGGAGCGUGUUAAGGCGAUACUACAGGGAAAACAAUGGAGCUUGCUGCAGUUCGAUCCGCUCGAGCAGGAAGAAAUGCAGUUGGCAGAGACUACCAUUUUUCGCUGGGUGCAGAGAGAGCAGUAUCCCGAUGAGUCAGUGACUCUAUUCCACAAUCGUGGUGAGCAGAACAGACGACAGGUUAAACUGGAGAGAACUAGUCCCAUCCGCAAAGCUUCUCCGUUCAUGGAUGAGUGUGGAAUUAUUCGAUCGGAUGGCAGGAUAGCAGCAGCAACAUGUGUCACGUUUUCCACGAAGUUUCCGAUUAUCCUUCCGAAACAGCACUGGGUAACGUAUUUGAUGCAAGAUUGCAGGCGUACGUGCGUCCGUUCUCAUAUGUAG